AUGAUGUUACGGGAGGACGCGCUCCGGGCCAUCUAUCCCCGCCUCAAGGACCAGGUGGUCGUCACCAUCAUGGGCGCCGUGGCCGUCGAGCUGUACAACUGCGGGCACCGCCCCAACUUCUUCUACCUUGAGCACGGCAUGGGCUUGGCGUCCUCCAUGGGCCUCGGCCUCGCCCUCUCUCUCGAACAGCAGGUCACCGUCCUUGACGGCGACGCCUCCCUGCUGAUGAACCUCGGCACCCUCAGCACCAUGGCCCGCUACAGUCCGCCCAACCUGACCCACAUCGUCUUCGACAACGAGAGCCUGCUGUCCGUCGGGGGUUUCCCUUCCGCCACCACCACCGGCACCGACCUCGCUGGCGUUGCUCGUGAGGCAGGCGUGGAGCACGUAGAGAAGGCCGACACCGUCGAGGCCCUCGAGGAGGCCUACGCCGCCGCCUCAGACCGACACGGCCUCUCGGUAAUCACUCCAAGGUCGAGGCCGUCGUCCCGCCUCCUUUGCAAUGACAUCGGCCUCCUCGAAACCGCUUCGAGUUCGCCCGCCACCUGCGCAGCCUGA